ACACAGGGUACCACUCUAGGCUGCUGGUUGGGGGCAUUUGCACACGGCUGUGAAUGGGUAGUGUCUAGAAAGGGGUAUGUCCCUUCAGGAGAGAGGUGCCAAUGUCCAACCGGCCUAAUUCCAAUCCAGGGGGGUCACUGCGACGUUCUCAAAGGAACACUGCUGCGGCCCAGCCACAAGACCACACUGCCACAGGAAGGCUGCAGGCAGGGCAGGUAAAACAUAACGCACAUUCCCCUCCUGAAAGUAGAAGACCUAACCUCUCUAAGGCUCCAAAAGCCCCACCCAGCUCAGCUUCUGGCUCCUCCAGAGGCCACAGCUCCAGAAGAAACCCUCUGUCGGUGAGUUCAUUGUUAGUAGAGCCGGACCCAGAGGCGGCAGGCCCCUCGGAGCUGCCCAAACGCGAGGACAGCCGGGGCCAGAAGCGCAGCUCCGCUCCCGAGCCCAGCACCUUCGGCGCCUCCUCCUCCUCCUCCUCUUCAGCCGCCAAGAAGCCCAAAGUCCAGCCCCCAGCCCCAGAGGGCACAUUCUUGUCCUCCGCCUCCUCAUCUUCCUUGGCCGCCGGCACAGCGGCCUCCUCGCAGACCAGGAAGCCUCCUCUCUACGCAGGAGGCAAGUCCAAAAAACGCCGGGCACCGGCCGAUAGCCAGCUGCAGACGAACGCUAAAGGUAGCGCCAGCGUUAACCAGCGCGCUCACGGAAGCGGCAGCGGUAGCGCCAGUGCCGCUUCUGCCACCAGAAAGAGCGGCGUCUCUUCCUCCUCCUUCGGGGCCUUGCCGUCCACAUCGGCCGCCCCGCCUAGCCACAAGCGCAAGAAGGCAGACUCUCUCCCUGCAGCCAGCCUGAGCGCUUCCUGCUCGUCCUCCUCGUCCUCUUCCUCCUCGUCCUCUUCCUCCUCCUCCACCACCUCCUCGUCCGGCACCGGCCCGACUCCCAGCCGCGCCUCCACUGCCCCCGCAGCGCUCUCCGCCGCCGCCGUCAAAGCAAACAAGCUGGCGUCCAAGUCGGCCGCCUCGGCCAGAGCUGGGUGUAGCGCAGCCACCAACACCGCCAUCACCACCACCACCAACAACUCCGCCACCGCCAACAACACAGACUCCUCCCUGUCCUCCGCCUCCUCCUCCUCUUCCUCAUCCUCUUCCUCAUCCUCGUCGUCCGUGCCCACGGCGGCAGCGGGUGCGGGCAACUGUGCUCCACCCCAGCCGGGUGCCCGGCACAAGCAGGGCAGAGAGCCCACAGCGGGCAGUAGUAAGGCGCGGCGUUCCCGCUCAGCGUCCAGUCCCUCUCCGCGUCGUAGCGGCCGGGGCAAGGAGCAGGCGAAAGCGGCAGCCGCGGCGGCAGCAGCAGCAGCAGCAGCAGCAGCGGCAGGCAGCUCCAAGUUUGAGUGGGCCUCUCGCUUCAGUCCCAAAGUCAACCUGCCAAAGCCCAAGCUGUCCCUGCCAGGAUCCUCCUCCAAGGCUGAAACCACCUCCAAACCUGGGCCCUCGGGACUACAGGCCAAACUAGCAAGUUUGAGGAAGUCCAAUAAGAAACGCAGCGAGUCUCCCCCAGCAGAGCUCCCCAGCUUUCGGCGGAGCACACGUCAGAAGACCACGGGCUCCUGCGCCAGCACCAGUCGGCGGGGCUCAGGCCUGGGCAAACGCGGGGCAGCUGAAGCUCGUCGACAGGAGAAAAUGGCCGACUCCGACAACAACCAGGAUGGAGCCAACUCCUCCACCGCGCGCACCGAUGAGGCACCGCAGGGGGCUUCAGCCUCGAGCUCCGUAGCUGGAGCUGUAGGCAUGACCACAUCCGGCGAGAGCGAGUCGGAUGACUCCGAAAUGGGCCGGCUGCAAGCCCUGCUGGAGGCCAGAGGUCUCCCCCCGCACCUGUUUGGACCACUGGGGCCGCGCAUGUCUCAGCUCUUCCACAGGACCAUAGGCAGCGGGGCCAGCUCUAAGGCCCAGCAGCUGUUGCAAGGGCUCCAGGCCACAGGUGACGAGUCCCAGCAGCUCCAGGCUGCCAUCGAGAUGUGUCAGCUCCUGGUCAUGGGCAACGAGGAGACGCUGGGAGGCUUCCCCGUCAAGACCGUUGUGCCCGCCCUGAUCCAGCUGUUACAGAUGGAGCAUAACUUUGACAUUAUGAACCAUGCGUCCCGUGCCCUCACCUACAUGAUGGAGGCUCUGCCACGCUCCUCGGCUGUGGUGGUGGACGCCAUCCCUGUGUUCCUGGAGAAACUUCAGGUGAUCCAGUUCAUUGAUGUGGCUGAGCAGGCUCUAACUGCACUGGAGAUGUUGUCAAGGCGACACAGCAAAGCAAUCCUCCAGGCUGGUGGUUUGGCAGACUGUCUGCUGUAUCUGGAGUUCUUCAGUAUAAAUGCCCAGAGGAAUGCUCUGGCCAUAGCGGCUAACUGCUGCCAGAGCAUCACCCCUGACGAGUUCCACUUUGUGGCUGACUCACUGCCCCUGCUCACGCAGAGACUCACACACCAGGACAAGAAAUCCGUUGAAAGCACUUGUCUUUGUUUUGCCCGGCUGGUGGACAACUUUCAGCAUGAAGAGAACCUGCUGCAGCAGGUAGCUUCCCGUGACCUGCUGACCAACGUGCAGCAGCUGCUGGUGCUGACGCCGCCGGUGCUGAGCUCGGGCAUGUUCAUCAUGGUGGUCCGCAUGUUCUCCCUCAUGUGCUCCAACUGCCCCAGCCUCGCCGUGCAGCUCAUGAAGCAGAAUAUUGCGGAGACCCUUCGCUUCCUGCUGUGUGGAGCGUCCAAUGGGACGUGCCUGGAGCAGCAGAUUGACCUGGUGCCCAGGAGCCCUCAGGAGCUCUACGAGCUCACCUCACUCAUAUGUGAGCUGAUGCCAUGCCUGCCCAGAGAGGGCAUCUUCGCUGUGGACGCCAUGCUGAAGAAGGGCAGCGCCCAGACCACAGAGGGGGCCAUCUGGCAGUGGAGGGACGACCGGGGCCUCUGGCACCCAUACAACCGCAUCGACAGCCGCAUCAUAGAGACGGCUCAUCAGAAUGGUGAGGAUGAGAUCAGCCUGACCACACUGGGUCGUGUUUACACCAUCGACUUCAACUCUAUGCAGCAGAUCAACGAGGACACAGGCACUGCCCGGGGGAUCCAGAGGAAGCCCAACCCGCUAGCCAACCCCAACUCUGGCAGUCACCAGGAGGUGCGUCGUGAGGACGCGCGCGCUCAGCUGAUGAAGGAGGACCCCGAGCUGGCCAAGUGCUUCAUCAAGACGCUGUUCGGCGUGCUCUACGAGGUGUACAGCUCGUCGGCCGGCCCUGCCGUCAGACACAAGUGCCUUAGAGCCAUCCUCCGCAUCAUCUACUUCGCCGACGCUGACCUACUGAGGGACGUGCUGCGCAACCACGCUGUGUCCAGUCACAUCGCCUCAAUGCUGUCGAGUCAGGACCUGAAGAUUGUAGUGGGCUCCUUGCAGAUGGCAGAGAUCCUCAUGCAGAAACUUCCAGAUGUCUUCAGUGUCUACUUCAGAAGAGAAGGAGUGAUGCACCAGGUAAAGAACCUGGCUGAGUCAGAGGCGUUUCUUAGCAACCCCCCCAGGGCCUGCUCCAGUACCCCUCCCAGCCUGUGCACCACCACCAUCACCACGACGACCAGCAGCGCCAGUAGCAACGCGCAGCCGCCCGCCGACUUGGGUUCCCCCAGCUUCCAGCACAGCAUGGACGACUCACUGGACCUCAGCCCACAGGGGCGGUUAAGUGACGUGCUGAAGAGGAAGCGACUCCCCAAGCGAGGCCCGAGGAGGCCCAAGUACUCUCCCCCCAGAGACGACGACAAAGUUGACAAUCAGGCCAAGAGUCCAACCACCACUCAGUCACCCAAGUCGUCCUUCCUGGCCAACCUGAACCCCAAGACGUGGAAGUUGGGUGUCCAGACCAACAACUCCAGCUCUGAGCCCUCUCGCACAGCAGGGGUCAGUGGCUUGGCCCGACCCCCUGCCAAGGACUCGGUCUCCAACAACAGGGAUAAGAUUAAGGCCUGGAUCAAGGAGCAGGCCUGCAAGUUUGUGGAGCGCUACUUUAACUCUGAGAACGUGGACAGCACUAACCCUGCCCUGAAUGUACUACAGAGACUCUGCACUGCCACAGAGCAGCUUAGCCUUCAGGUGGAUGAAGGUGUGGAGUGCCUUGUGGAGAUCUCUGGCAUCGUGUCGGAGUCGGACGUGUCGUCGUUUGAGAUCCAGCACAGCGGCCUGGUCAAGCAGAUGCUGCUCUACUUGACCUCCUGCGGCGAGCGCAACGCCGUCAAUCGCGACCAGCGCAUCAAGAGGUUCCUGCACAUCUUCUGCGGAUGCCCGAUGCCAGGGCAGGAGUCUGUGGCCCGUUUGGACCCAGCAGAGAAUCUGCCUCUCUUGGCACUAGUGCACAAGAUGAACAACUGCCUCAGCCAGAUGGAGCAGUUCCCCGUCAAGGUGCACGACUUCCCCUCCGGAAACGGCAACGGCAGCAGAGGUUCCCAGGCGCUGAAGUUUUUCAACACGCACCAGCUCAAGUGCCAGCUGCAAAGGCACCCGGACUGUACCAAUGUCAAGCAGUGGAAGGGGGGCCCGGUCAAGAUCGACCCCCUGGCGUUGGUGCAGGCCAUUGAGAGAUAUCUCGUGGUCAGAGGCUACGGACGAAUCAGGGAGGAGGACGAAGACAGUGACGACGAUGGAUCGGAUGAUGAAAUCGACGAAUCACUGGCGGCCCAGUUCCUGAACUCGGGCAGCGUGCGCCACCGGUUGCAGUUCUACAUGGGCGAAACGCUGCUGCCCUACAACAUGACUGUGUACCAGGCGGUGCGGCAGUACAGCCUGCAGGCCGAGGAGGAGCGCGAGUCCACCGACGACGAGGCCAACCCGCUGGGCCGUGCCGGCAUCUGGACCAAAACACACACCAUCUGGUAUAAACCAGUGAGGGAGGAUGAGGAUGGCACUAAGGACACAGUGGGAGGCAAGAGAGGAAGAGCACAGACAGCUCCCACCAAAACCUCCCCCCGCAAUGCCAAGAAGCAGGACGAGCUGUGGCACGAUGGUGUUUGUCCCAGCAUCACCAACCCCUUGGAGUCAUACCUCAUAUCGGAUCCUCCAGAGAACAUCACCUUCGAUGACCCCUCCCUGGAGGUCAUCCUGCUGCUCCGUGUCCUCCACUCUAUCAGCCGAUACUGGUUCUACCUUUACGAUAAUGGUGUGUGUAAGGAGAUGGUGCCCACUAGUGAGUUCAUUAACAGCAAGCUGACGGCCAAAGCCAACCGCCAGCUGCAGGACCCGUUGGUCAUCAUGACCGGCAACAUCCCCACCUGGCUCACUGAACUCGGCAAAACCUGCCCGUUCUUCUUCCCGUUUGACACGCGGCAGAUGCUGUUCUACGUGACUGCCUUCGACCGUGACCGCGCCAUGCAGCGCCUGCUGGACACCAACCCCGAGAUCAACCAGUCCGACUCCCAGGACAGCCGCGUCGCUCCGCGCCUUGACAGGAAGAAGCGGACGAUAAACCGUGAUGAGCUGUUGAAGCAGGCGGAGUCCCUGAUGCAGGACCUGGGCAGCUCCAGAGCCAUGCUGGAGAUUCAGUACGAGAACGAGGUGGGCACUGGUCUGGGCCCCACGCUGGAGUUCUAUGCUCUGGUGUCCCAGGAGCUGCAGAGAGCUGACCUGGGCCUGUGGAGAGGAGAGGAGGUCACACUCAGCAACCCGAAAGAAAAGGCAGAGUUCUAA